UUCCCUCUAUAUAUUCACUUUCACUACGAUUUCCUCAUUCUCCUUGCCCUUACACUUUACCCCAUGGCUCCUUCUCCUCUGUUUCCAUGGCUUCCCCUCGUCACCCUUCUGCAAAUCUUCCCCAUUUCCACUCAGCUACCGCUUCUCUCUCCUCUCGAGCGAGACUCUGUUUUCCAGGUUCUUCACUCCAUCAACUCCGCCGUCCCCUGGCGGACCCUUUUCCCCGGCGACCUCUGCUCCUCCCCCCCGCACGGCCUUGUUUGCGACUACUUUUUCGACUCUCCCAACACUACCCUUACCCUUACGGACCCCGACGCCGCCCAUGUCGUCCAGAUGAGCUUCGGUUUCCUCUCCGAUUACUCCGGGAAUCCGCCCUGUUCUUCUUCUUCCACUAUUAACCCACUUCUCUUCUCCUCCUUUAAGUACCUGCGCAAGCUCUUCUUCUACAAGUGCUUCACCGGACCCCGCGCUGUCUCCUUUUCCGGGGAUACGUCGCCGGCGUUUGCGUCCACUUUGGAGGAGCUUGUUUUCGUUGAUAACCCAUCUCUGGUGGCCCCACUCCGGACUCUCUUCGCCAACUUCACCAACUUGAAGAGGGCUAUCGUUACUGGAAAUGGCGUCUACGGUCAAAUCCCUGAACGGAUUUCCGACUCCGGCCGGAUUGAAGAGAUUACCCUCUCGCGGAACCGUCUCAGCGGUCACAUUCCGGCUUCUUUGUCCAAACUCAAAAAUCUGAAGAUUCUCGAUCUUAGUCGGAAUUUUCUCGACGGGUAUGCCCCUGAAUCCAUCGGAAACCUCUCCGAGCUUCUGAAAUUGGACAUAAGCUGUAACAGAAUUUCCGGCAGAAUACCGGAAAGCUACCUGAAUCUGGAGAAGUUGGAGUUUCUAGACGUGAGCUUCAAUCGAUUCGGAAAUUUCGGAAUACCCGAAUUUAUCUGGGCCAUGCCGAGGUUGAAGGAGGUUCAUCUGAGCGGAAACAUGGUCGGAGGGCAGAUUCCAGAGAUAUGGGAAAAGCUCGAGAGCCUGUCGGGGAUUGGAUUUUCCGGCAUGGGGUUGACCGGAAAAAUUCCUCCAUCAAUGGCGGUGAAUUUGAGAAGUCUCAGUUAUCUGGCGCUGGACGGUAAUAGCCUCGAAGGAAAAUUACCGCCGGAGUUUGAGCUUUUGGAGACACUGAAAGAAAUCAAUUUAGAGAACAACAAACUGAGCGGCAGAGUGCCAUUUUCUGCAAAUUUCUCUUCAAAAAUUGGGGGGAAAUUGAGACUAAGAGGGAACCCGGAGCUCUGUGUAGAUGAAGAACUGAAGAAAGUUACAAAUGGAAGCGUUUUGGGGAAGAUGAAACUGUGCCACCAAUCAAACAUCACAGAGCAUGUUUUCCCCAGUGGGUGUUCUUCUUCAAUCAUGCUUGCUUCUGCUAAGUUUCAGAGUUUUCCGUUAAUCGGAGUUCUGUGGAUUUUGUUGGUGAAAUUUUAGGAGAAAAUUAACGAG